CUGUGUAGGACGGCACUGAGGAGAGCCAGGGAUUUUAGCGCGGGCACCAGUCAGUGUUUGACUUGAUCCGUAUGUUCCUCUCAUAGCGUCAAAGGGAAAGCCGAGACGAAGAAAGCUCACACGGCGAUUGUUUUGAAUUGCAGAUUUCUCUUGUUGUUAUUGUUGACAGGCACCAUGACUGACAGGAAGGCUGUGAUCAAGAACGCUGACAUGUCUGAAGACAUGCAGCAAGACGCAGUGGACUGUGCUACACAGGCCAUGGAGAAAUACAACAUAGAGAAGGACAUUGCCGCAUUCAUCAAAAAGGAGUUCGAUAAGAAAUACAAUCCUACGUGGCACUGCAUUGUGGGAAGGAACUUCGGCAGCUACGUGACCCAUGAGACGAAACACUUCAUCUACUUCUACUUGGGCCAGGUGGCCAUCCUCCUCUUCAAGUCGGGCUGAGUCCAGUCCAGACCAGACCAGACCGUAGAAUGUAUCUCCAACGAAGACUGUGACGCACUGUGGCUGACGUCAUCUACAAAUAUUAAACGAGACCAUACCAUGACUAUGCUGGCUGUGCACAACUGCAUGGAUCAUAUCCCGUACUGUUUUGUGUACCUGUUGAACUUCACUUGCUUUUCAUUAGAGGCCCUAAGUUUUCGUUAAUGGUCCUUGCAGGUUUUUCCCUUGCACAUGUUGUAAAAAAAAAAAUGUAAUAAAGGAAGUCAGAAAAUGUAUUGAUCAGCACAUGUGUCUGCUAUAAAUGGAUAUAUUUUUGGUGACAGUGCUGUGAUGCAUUGAAUGCCAUGUCAUUAUUGGGAUGAUGGACAGAAGAACAUUUGGUUGUGGAGGUAGAUUUGAAGUGUUCUGUUGUUUAUAAAAAGUGUUUUUGUCUGAUUACCUCUGCCGUAAAUGUAUAUUUUCCUUUCAUUUGAUGCUGGAUACGUAUUGAACUUGAGAGAACUCAUUGAAUAUUUGAAAUCUUCAGACUACAAUGGAUUAAAUGGAAAUGAGAUGCACAUAUAAUAAAGUUUAAAAGUGAAAACGCA